GUACAUCCUUGACUUAUUUCACCAGUAUUGAGAUGGUUCUUGGUGGCUAUACCCACUGCAAAAUCUUUUGAUGUGCACUCCCCACAUUCCUUUUAAACUAGCCAAUCGCAGCCCCCCAUUCUCUGAUCUCGCCCAUUGGGCCCCCGAGGCCUUAAAUCACGGAGAUCCCCAGCAACUUUUCGAGCUUCUCUACCUCUUCCAUAGAACAAAGCAACUUUCGCGGCCCUCGACCGGUAAGGACUUAUAACUGAUCCGGUGAACAACCUCCUCCAACCUCGUUACCCAGGAGCAGUAUCCCAGACACAGAACCAGAAACCCAGAAGCCAAAUUAUACUUUAAUCCCAACUCUCCCGCGAAAAAAUAAUAAUAAUAAUACAUACACAUGAGCCCUUCCCACAUUCGAGUUCCAUCCCCCCCAACAUCCUCCUUUCACGAAUCAAUGUCGACUCCAGGACACAGAGACUCCCAGGUAUAUAUGACACCCCAGCAAAGCCCGGCUUUAGGUUUUGGCACACCACCAAUGUCGCAUGACAAUACCUGGGGGCGGAACACCAGAGAAUCAACACGCUCCUCAAGAAGGGUUCACUCCGUCUCUCCGGCCCUUGGACACCGCCAGCUCCACGACCAUUCCCACGCUAGAUCCCAUCACCAACACCAACACCACCACCAACACCACUCCUUGCCAUCCCCGCCGCAACAGGAGCACUCAUUCACCACGAUUCCCUCCGAGUUCCACGACCGUGCACACCCCCCCCUCUCCCCCCCCGGCUUCGGACGGCCUCAUGUCGCCCAUGAACCAUACUCACGACUUCCAGGACAAGAUUCCCAUGGACCCCAAUCUCCCGACAGUGUGGAUGUCGAACGCCUUUGGCAUGAAGACGGACAGUGACGAUAUGUCUCUAUCCGUGCAGGACCAUUCUGUCUCUGCCUCGCCGCCGCCGCUCUUCAUUGAGGACAUCCUUCGCGCCGAGGACGGCCACGGCAUGCAGGGAAUGGGGAAUGGAUUCAUGGACGAGCACGAUUUUCAGGAGCACGGCUUGAGCGGACCAUCUUCCAUGAAGCGAUCUCGGGAUGACCUUUCUUCUGUUGUUGGAUUGGGAGGUCCAUUCCAUUCGGGUGCGGCAGGCACCCCCGGCGUCAACAGGGUCCGCAAGAAGCGCCAUUUGACCGAGCCCAGCGAGGCCAAUUUUCACUGCACCAAGUGCGGGAAAUACUUUUCUAGGAUCUGGAACUACAACGCGCACUUGGAGACCCACGACCCUCACCGACCCAGACCUCACGUUUGCCUUGUCGACGAUUGCAAGAAGGCCUUUGUGAGACGAACCGACCUGACCAGACAUCAGCAAUGUGUGAGUGGUCCCACCUCUCGGAAUCAUUGGCCCGCUUCAAUUCACUAACACGAGCUUUCAGGUACAUGCUAAGGAUAAGAAAUUCCGCUGCGAGCUUUGCAACAACAUGUUUGCUCGCAAGGACACUCUCAGGAGGUAAGUUCUACUCUUUUUUUCUUUUCCCCCCUCCAUUCUUCGCGGACAUUGCGGUAGACUUAUAACAUACCUCCAUCCAGACAUGAAGAUGAUGGUUGUCCAAAGCGCGUCGAUAUAGCAUCCAGAGGGUCAAAGAACAAGCCCAUCGUCUGGAACUCGCAAGCGCUCGGUUUCUACAGCACAAUGCAGCGCCGCGACGAAGUAUUCCCAAACAUGACUACGUACGACCCCCCAAUGCGACCAAAUCACUACGAUAAUGGAAUGUCCUCUCAUCUCCCCCCCCUCUCGGACAUCGUACCAAAGACCCAGCCAUCACUCCUGUGGGACUGAACAGCCCCUCGCUCCAAAACCACUAUUUCUUGUACAAUCUUCUUUAUUUCUCCUUUUUAACGGUGCCUUGAAGUGUUACAAAGGGUAUUUAUUUAGAGGCGCAAUCUCGUUGUUCAUUUUGGCCUGGGUAUUUUUCUCAUUGCUCCGACCAUUCCUUUCCUUCCUCGCUCACAUUCUCUUCCUUCCUUCCUUUCCUCAUUCUUAUUUCUUCCCUCUUUUCUUUCCUCAUUAUUCCCUUCGUCACAGUCCAUGCGGUAAAGGGAAAGGAAAAACGGGGUUGGCUGGCUUUUUGUUUUACUGGCUUUAAACGACUAGUUCAGUCGUGGUGAGCAAUGUCCUGCAUGUGCAUAUUGCCGAGCACAAUAUUCCACACCAUUUAUUUAGGGAUAUGGAGUUCUUGAGAUAACAAGUGCGAUGCGUUUACCGGUAUCAAAAUCGUUUUCCACCUCGGAGGCUCCCCCCCCAAUUUUGGGCGGGAAAAGCCCCCGUCGUGCUGUAACUCCGUACCUUGCUGCCCUUCGCCGCUAGAGUACAGUUCUCCCGAACGGAUCGUAGGGCCUUCGGAUCGAC